AAAAUGGUAAAAAGACUAAAGUUUUCAAGACGCAUUAGGGGUUCAUAUGGGGUUAUCUAGGACCCCUUAAAUUACAUUACAUUACAUGACCCCUCGAAAACAAACGCAUUUCCAGUCUUCUACAUCUGUAGUCACUGUUUCAAUGGCAAGGGAAAACGUCAUUUUGACAGAAUGGCAGAAAGUUUAGAAAGUCAGGUGCAGUUUUUGUUAAAUAUGUAUUUCUGCUUAUUUUACAAAAAUGGAAGAUUGUGCAUCCAUUGAAUCCCAACAAGACGGGAAACUAAGAAUGAUAUCAUAAACAGUUCUCUUUUAUACAAUUGAAAAGAAACUGGAUUUCAUUAAAGGAAGUAUAUUACAGUUUCGAAUUGCCGUCAAGGUGAACGAUUGCGAAAAUUGUACGUGUGGUGUUUGCAAAUGCAUCGUUAAUUUUACAUAAGGUUCCUGACCGUAGUACGGUACAGAUGUGAUGGAGGAUUACAAAUUUCUCUUUAAAGUUGUGCUUGUUGGAAAUGCAGGCGUCGGCAAGACUUGCCUCGUGCGCAGAUUUACCCAGGGGUUAUUUCCACCUGGUCAAGGUGCAACAAUAGGUGUUGAUUUUAUGAUUAAAACUGUAGAAGUAGAAAAUGAGAAAGUUAAGCUUCAAAUUUGGGAUACUGCUGGACAAGAAAGAUUUCGUUCAAUAACACAAAGUUAUUAUAGGUCAGCUCAUGCUUUGAUUUUAGUUUAUGAUAUUUCUUGUCAACCUACUUUUGACUGUUUACCAGAUUGGUUAAGAGAAAUUGAAGAAUAUGCAAGUAAUAAAGUUCUUAGGAUAUUAGUAGGUAAUAAAAUAGAUCGGGAAGACAGAGAAAUACCAACACACGUAGGAGAAGAUUUUGCACAAAGACAUGGAAUGUACUUCUUGGAAACUUCUGCUAAAGAAGCAGAAAACGUAGAACGUUUAUUCAUGGAAAUAGCAGCUGAGCUCAUGGAGCAAGCACGUAGUAAAGAACUACCUAGAUAUGAAACAAAUACAACCUCAAUAAAUGGUAAAACAACAUCAAUUGGUGAUACAAGUAACUGUGGUUGUAGUAGACUUUCUUAAGUAGUUUUUAUAUAUAUUAUUAAGUCAUUCACCAAACACAUAACUUCAGUUGCUAAAUAUGUAUGUAGGAUAUUAUCAUAGUUUUUAUAGAAUAUGAAAGUUAAAUACAAUAUUAGUCAAUCUUCUAUAACAAAAAAAUCUAAUACUAGAACAUCUUUGAUAUUAUAUGUUAGUAUCUAGUGUUAUACCAUGCAGAUUAUAUUGAUAAUUCUGUUGGAAAAGGUAUUGAAUACUUAAAAUUGAAAUGAACUUUAAGUAUGUUGAUAAAUAUUUAUUUACAAAUACGUUUUAACGAGAUUAAAGAAAUUUUUUUGUUGUGGUUCUUUAUAAUUGCUCUAUUGAAAUAACAUAAGUUGAUGACCUAUAUUUGGGCAUUUAAUGCUAUUUUCAUAAAUAGAAUUCUGAGAUAUUUUUUAUAGUAUUUUUUGUUAUGUCAGAAAGUACAAAUAAAUAUUUCGUAUUUGGUGA